AUGCGCUCCACAUGCCUUCUUGUUUUCUUCUCUCCGCGGCGCAAGUCUUCGUCGGUUUGUGUAAAGUUUUCCGCGCCCUUUCAAGCUCACCUGUGCGCCCGCACGCGCGCACUGCUCGUCUUUGAAGUGAGCCGACUGUCGCCAUUCGGGAAAGUGACGGCCAACUUACGGACCUGCGGCGGGACGCGGCGCUCGGCUGAAGGAAUUCGGAUGUGCGCCACGCUGAAGGAUAACCAUGUUCGGAGUAAGGUCCGUCACCUGAGCAUUUUUAUCGGACUCGCACUUUGGAGGAGACGCACCUCGAUGGGAGGACACCUGGAGAUCUGAGGCGGAUUCGGCGGACGACCAAAAAAAAAAAAAAAAGAAAAGAGGAAAAGAAAUGUGGAUAAAACGGGGUGUCGCACGCAGUCCAGCUGCUGUGAGGCCAGGCACCUGUGUGGGGCACUGGGUGUGGAUUCUACUGGCCGUAACUCAUCUCACACUGGACUUCACUGUGUGCAGCCCCUUAAGUCACAGUCUGGGGGUCAAAGUCACACCUAAACUAGUUCCUCGGUUGCGUCCUCACUGGCAGCCCCUCUGGGACAUGCCCAAUAAGCUUCAUUGGAGAACAGUGAGCCCAUUGGCACGCAGGCUCCUCAACCCUGUACCACAAGACAAUAGGGCAGGGCUGGGGCCAAAGGUCAAGGGUCAAAAACAUAGGAAGCCUGCUCAUAAAGGACAAGCAGCAUGUAAGGAAUGCCAGUUACCAUCACAAAUGGAGGCAGGUGACCCUUUGGCUUUAGUAGCUGGAGCUCCACAAGCUUUAUCAAGCAGAUACACAGGGGACAGAGUGAGGUUGUUGCCAAGAACAAGGAGACAGCUGAAAUGGGACAGCUAUGACAAGUCUCUGGACGACCGGACUACCACAGUGGCUGGAUUUAUUGACUGGGGACCUACAGGGACUGAGGACAGCAUAGAUGCAGAUGAGAAACCACUGCCCAAUGUAACAUUGUCCACUCGGGUCUCAACUACCACGGUGCCCACAACCACUACUACUACAACCAGGCUGUUUCAAAGGACGUUCAGUAUGGUGACAACAUCAGAGCCCAAGAGGCACAGCAGCACCACUAUCAGCUCCAGAGAGACCAAACCACCAAAGCCAUGGGACGCACCAGGUUUGGCAGUUCACCAGAUAAUCACAAUCACUGUGUCCCUCAUUAUGGUUAUUGCAGCCUUGAUCACAACUCUCGUCCUUAAAAACUGCUGUGCGCAGUCUGGAAAUGGCCGCCACAAAAGCCAUCAGCGCAAGAUCCACCAACAGGAAGAAAGCUGCCAAAAUCUGACAGACUUUACCCCAGCCCGGGUGCCCAGCAAGGUGGAUAUCUUCACUGCCUACAACGAGAGCCUGCAGUGCUCACAUGAGUGUGUUCGCUCUGCUGUGCCCAUCUACACAGACGAAAUGAUCCAGCAGACGCCUGUCUACAAAACUGCUUAUAAUGGAAACAGGCCAUCUCCCACUGAAAGGCAGCUGAUUCCUGUGGCCUUUGUGUCAGAGAAGUGGUUUGAGAUCUCCUGCUGACGAGCUGGAGGCACUGCUCAUUCCAGCGGGUGGGAAGAGACUUC